UUGACACAUUCAUGACAUAAAUUGCAUGUUACUUGCUUAUGAGUUAUGAACUUAUCAGAUAAAGCAUAGUCAUACUCAAUAGUCAAAACUCAAAAUUAGUGUAGGGAAGACUCUUGUUCAUAGGAUAUGGAUGAAAGAGAAAUUUUGAGGGAAACUUUGCUAUCUCAAGAACAAGAUUUUCCUUCUUCUUUGAUCACUUAUUUAUACUUUGGUCACUUUUUAGCUAGAUGGGGUUCCAGAAUGUGGGAAUUUUCUGUUGGUUUAUAUAUGAUCAGUAUUUGGCCAGACUCACUGCUCUAUGCAGCAAUAUAUGGUGCUGUUGAAUCUGCUUCCAUUGCAUUGUUUGGUCCCAUAAUUGGAACAUGGGUUGAUAAGUUGACUUACCAAAAGGUUUUGAAAUUGUGGUUGGUGACACAAAAUCUGUCUUUUAUUAUUGCUGGUGCCACUGUUGUUACCUUACUAGUCUACUCAUCUUUGAAGUUUACAAAUUUCCCAGUUUUCUUAUUACUUGUAGUCAUAAUCAAUAUCUGUGGUGGCAUUGGAGUGCUUUCAACUCUUGCUGGUACUAUCUUGAUAGAAAGAGAAUGGUUGUUAGUUAUAUCCGAAGGUCAACCUUCCGAACUGCUGACAAAGAUGAAUUCAGUUACGAGACGGAUUGAUCUAACCUGCAAACUCCUCGCACCUGUCUUAACUGGUUUUAUAAUAAGCUUUGUAUCCCUUAAAGCAUCUGCUAUAACACUGGCACUUUGGAAUGGUGUUUCUGUUUGGGUGGAGUAUUGGCUUUUUACAUCUGUGUAUAGUGGAAUUCCUGCUUUGCGUCGAAGUGGCCAGAGGAGAAUGGAAAGGCUUUCAUCACAAAGUGAUCUAGAAAGGAACAAUUUAACUGCUGAGAGUGAUAGUUUGCUUCAUGAUAAUGGUGAUAUCUCAGAAUUGGUGGAUGGAAAAAGCAGGAAAACAAUUUCUGAGUGGAUUUCAAAAAUCUCUUAUGUUGAUGCUUGGAGAGUUUAUUUGCAGCAAGAAGUUGUGCUUCCUGGACUAGCUCUGGCUUUGCUAUUUUUCACUGUACUCAGCUUUGGAACUUUGAUGACAGCUACUUUAGAAUGGGAAGGUAUACCUGCAUAUGUUAUUGGAAUAGCACGAGGAAUAAGCGCUGCAAUCGGAAUAGCUGCAACAGUUUUAUAUCCUGUUCUAGAGUAUCAUAUGUCAGCUAUUAGAACUGGACUUUGGUCUAUCUGGUCUCAGUGGACUUGCCUUCUACCUUGUCUAGCUGCAAUAUGGAUCUAUAAUGGCAUUUUAUCCUCGUAUAUUUUGAUGGGGAGCGUUGCAAUAUCUCGGCUUGGACUGUGGAUGUUUGACUUGUCUGUACUUCAACAAAUGCAGAACCUUGUUCCUGAAUCGGAUCGUUUGAUUGUUGGAGGUGUUCAGAGUUCACUUCAGUCCUUUAUGGAUUUAUUGGCCUAUGUUAUGGGAAUCAUAAUAUCUGAUCCACAGGAGUUCUGGAAGUUAAGUUUAUUAUCAUUUCUGGCAGUCACAUUAGCUGCAUUCCUCUACUGCAUCCAUGUGUUCCGCGUGCGGAAGCAUAUUUUUCACUUUGACAAACUAUGGUGUCGUAAUUCUUCUACAUGAUCGUCGUAAGUUGUGGGGCGAACCAAGGUAAGUUGAGACCUAAAUCUCAGCGAGGCCUCAGAGUGAACAAAUCAUAAAGAGAGGUUGCUUGUGCAAUUUUUGUUGGACUUCAGAGUGAAUGUGAAAUCAUGAAAUUAGUAGGCUAGAGGCCGAGUAUGUUUGGCCGAGGUCCUAAAGUAAGGGCUUGAGAGAAACUUUACUCACCCCACCAUUCUAAAUAAGUGCAUUGGAUUCCGGAAAUACACAUCCAUACAAAGAAAUAAUCGUGUUUUGUUCAAAAAUACGCAUCUGGACGGCACAAAAACUGUGUUUUAUCUGGAUAUUUACUUUCGAAGUGCUUUUGAGGGCGGGAAAGUUCGUCCACUUAUGCUAGGUGCUAGGGUUGACCCUGUUGAAUAUUGUGAAGCCUAAUUCUUGUAAUCACCUUUCAUAUCAUUUGGAGGAAUUAAUGGUAAUGGAAUAAGAGUCUUUAGUGUGUUGGAUUGAAUCUUGCUAUUUAGACUUAAUUAAGAGUUAAGACCAUCCUAGAUUCAUAACACAAUUUAUGUUUUAAAAUUUGAGGAUGACUUUGAGGGUUUAUUAUCUUCUUUAUGUUA